AUGCGCUGCGCCCCGGCCGCCGCCGCCGCGCUCCUGCUCCUGCUGCUGCUGCCGCCGGCGCCCAGCGGCGCCGAGAGCCCCAAGGGGAAGCAGAAGGCGCUGCGGCAGCGGGAGGUGGUGGACGUGUAUAAUGGAAUGUGUUUGCAAGGCCCCAGUGGAGUUCCUGGGCGCGACGGGAGCCCUGGAGUCAACGGAAUCCCCGGGACACCCGGCAUCCCGGGGCGCGACGGCCUCAAGGGGGAGAAGGGAGAGUGUAUGCGAGAGAGCUUCGAGGAGUCCUGGACACCCAACUUCAAGCAGUGUUCAUGGAGUGCACUGAAUUACGGCAUAGAUCUUGGGAAAAUAGCUGAAUGUACGUUUACAAAGAUGCGCUCUAACAGUGCUCUUCGAGUUCUCUUCAGUGGAUCGCUUCGGCUAAAAUGCAAAAAUGCCUGUUGUCAGCGCUGGUAUUUUACUUUUAAUGGAGCAGAAUGUGCUGGGCCACUUCCUAUUGAAGCCAUAAUAUAUUUAGAUCAAGGAAGUCCAGAACUGAAUUCUACCAUUAAUAUACAUCGAACUUCUUCAGUGGAAGGUCUGUGUGAAGGGAUCAAUGCCGGGUUGGUGGAUAUUGCGAUCUGGGUUGGCACUUGCUCAGAUUAUCCAAGGGGAGAUGCUUCUACUGGAUGGAAUUCAGUCUCCCGUAUCAUCAUUGAAGAACUGCCAAAAUAACUUUCCAACCCCCUUUUAUAACCUCUCCCUAUUUUUUAUUUUGUACAAUUUUCUUCAAAAGUUAUUUCUAUAGAUUUGAGUGGAAGUAUUUGACUAAAAUGCAUCAAGCUCUUGCAUCUGUAGUGUUUUGUCUAACUUUUUUUGGCACACUGAAGGAGCUUUUGUAAUAAUCAUUUUAGAAUAUGAAUAUCAGAAACAUUAGUUUCUUUAAUUCAUUGUUUGGAUUGAA